CAUCCUCCUGCAUUCAGGAUGUUCCUCAGGUUCCCUGGAGGGACUGUGAUGUGUAUUCCCACCUUACCCUUCUGUCUUCACUUCACCUUCUUUUACUAAAACUUUCCAUUAGCUUGAUGCAUAGAUUAAGCACAAUAUGCUGUUGCACAAGUGUCGGUUUAGCAGUUGAGUUUGUAAUUUAGCUGCUUCCUGCCUCUUCACCCCACCCAAGACAAAAGGAAAGAAGAAAAUUGUCCUCGGACUAAUUCUCUGAUCAAACGUUUGUUGUGGCUGGUGGGAAGGGCAGAGUGAGUGCAGCUUUGUGGAGGGUGGGACCACAGGGUUUUGUCCCUGCACGAUACUGACUCUGCUGUUUUGAACAGGAUCUCGAGUAGCAGGAUGGAAGAACUCUAACUGAUACAGAGAACAGGCCCUUUCAACAUGGAGAACAUUCCUGUUGAUUCGGAACUGGAUAGAAAUUCACAUCAUGGUGAGAACAGUGACUCUCCUGGACCAUCAACAGCGGUAACAAACAGUGAUGAACAGCCUAUAACUCCAGGAAAAAUGAACCAGCACCAGGGGAAGGAAGCCUAUUUUACUCCAACCAAAGAGUUACUCCAACCAUGUCUCAGUCCAGGAACUUCCCAUAGUCAUGGUUUUGACAGAGGGAAGGAUGAUACGUCACAAAAUAAAGAUGAUUCGGCGUAUUCUAUGUCAAAAAGCAAGUCUGAAUCCAAGCUUUUCAAUGGCUCUGAGAAGGACAUCUCUCAAUCUGCAAGCAAACUUACAAAAAAAGAAUCUCUCAAGGUUCAGAAGAAAAACUACAGAGAAGAAAAGAAGAGAGCCACGAAAGAAUUACUUAGCACGAUCACGGACCCCGCAGUUAUUGUUAUGGCUGACUGGCUGAAGAUUCGUGGUACCUUGAAAAGCUGGACCAAACUGUGGUGUGUACUGAAACCAGGAGUGUUGCUUCUUUACAAAACUCCCAAAAAUGACCAGUGGGUAGGAACAGUGCUGCUGAACGUUUGUGAACUCAUCGAGAGGCCUUCUAAAAAAGAUGGCUUUUGUUUCAAACUUUUUCAUCCUUUGGAGCAGACCAUAUGGGCUACAAAGGGUCCUAAAGGUGAAGCAGUUGGUGCUAUAACUCUGCCAUUGCCCAGCAGUUACUUGAUCAUCCGAGCUGCUUCAGAAUCAGAUGGCAGGUGUUGGAUGGAUGCUUUGGAGCUGGCACUGAAAUGUUCAAGUCUGCUUAAACGUACAAUGAUUAGGGAAGGUAAAGAACACGAUUUGAACUCCUCAGCCGACAGUACUCAUGUUUCUUUCUAUGGUCUGCUUCGUGCUAACAACUUGCACUGUGGAGAAAACUUACCGUUAAAUGACAGUGAAGUUGAAAGGCAUCACUUCAAAGAUCAAGAUACAUACUCUGACAAGUCUGAUAAGGAAAAUGACCACGACCACGAGGAAUCUGAUAAUGAUGGACUGGGGAAAAGUGAAGAAAGCGACAGCGACACAUCAGAGCGACAGGAUGAUUCUUAUGUCGAUCCAGAACCAAUUGAUAUCAGGGAAACUACUUACUUAGAACAGAGUCAUGAAGAACUUGGGGAGGCAGGUGAGGCUGCUCAGACAGAAGAAGUGUCAGAAGAAAACAAAAGUUUGAUCUGGACACUCUUGAAGCAAGUCCGGCCAGGAAUGGACUUGUCCAAGGUUGUGCUGCCUACAUUUAUUUUGGAACCUCGCUCUUUCCUGGACAAGCUGUCUGAUUACUACUACCAUGCAGACUUUCUGUCCGAAGCUGCUCUUGAAGAGAAUGCUUACAACCGCAUGAAAAAAGUAGUGAAGUGGUAUUUAUCAGGAUUCUACAAAAAGCCAAAGGGACUAAAAAAGCCGUACAAUCCUAUACUUGGAGAGUUUUUCCGCUGCAUGUGGAUUCAUCCAAGGACAAACAGCAAGACUUUUUAUAUUGCAGAACAGGUGUCACAUCAUCCUCCAAUAUCUGCCUUCUAUGUUAGCAACCGCAAGGAUGGUUUUUGCCUUAGUGGUAGCAUUCUGGCCAAAUCAAAAUUCUAUGGGAAUUCAUUAUCUGCCAUACUAGAUGGAGAAGGACGGCUAACGUUUCUAAAUAGGGGAGAGGAUUAUGUAAUGACAAUGCCAUAUGCCCAUUGUAAAGGAAUUCUUUAUGGAACAAUGACCUUAGAGCUUGGAGGAAUAGUCAACAUCACCUGUGAGAAAACUGGCUACAGUGCAACGAUUGAAUUCAAACUCAAGCCUUUUUUGGGUAACAAUGACAGUGUUAACCAAAUAUCAGGGAGAAUUAAGCUUGGCAAAGAAGUUCUGGCUUUUUUAGAGGGUCACUGGGACAGUGAAGUUAUUAUUAGUGACAAGAAGACAGGUGUUUCAGAGACAUUCUGGAACCCAACAUCUGAUAUAAAGCAGCGUAGAUUACAUAGAUACACUGUGAAGUUUGAAGAGCAAGAUGACUUCGAGUCAGAGAAGCUCUGGCAACAAGUGACAAAAGCAAUAAAUAAUAAAGACCAAACAGAAGCUACUCAGGAGAAAUAUAUUCUGGAAGAAGCUCAGAGAAAGAGUGCCAAAGAGAGGAAACUUAAGGGUGAAGAGUGGACAUGCAAGCUGUUCGAUCAGGAUUCAGUCACAGGAGAAUGGCACUACAAAUAUGCUGAUACCAGACCAUGGGACCCUUUGAAUGAUAUGAUCCAGUUUGAAAAAGAUGGCACAAUCCAGACGAAAGUUCGACAUCGGACACCAAUGGUUACUGUUCCAAAAAUCAAACGAAAGCCAACCAGUCAGAAGAUAGGAGAGUGUGGUUUCUCAUCCCCAGAGCCUGAUAACCAAGAUUCCUCUGGGAGUGAAGCACAACUGAAGCAUAAUACAAGAAUAAGGAAAAAAGGGGCAGACCUUGGUGAACUGCAGAGUGCCAUUGAGUCUAUAAAGGAGACGCAGGAAGACAUUAAGAGGGAGAUCAUGGCACUACGAAAUAGAGUCAUUUCUAAUUCAUCACCCUGGGACUACCAUUCCUUGCAGUUUAAGCACUAUGUCUUCAUUGUACUCAUGGUUCUGCUACAGCUUAUCAUUAAUUUCUUGUUCAAAUAAGAAGUGUGAACAAAGGCCUUCUUGAACUGGAAUGAUCAAACUGUUACUGGGGACCAUAUUUUAAGCUGGACUUCAAAUGAUGCAAUAUUAUGUAAAAGAACCGUGUAGCAACAACUCACAGAACUUUGCCUCAGCGUUCAUGGUUCAGAAUCAUACUUCUGUCUACCCAGUUGCAGUAAGAAUUGUGUAAGUGCCACAGUACACUCUUGCUCCUGGUGUGUGCCUCUGUCUCACAGUAAUGCGGCAUCAGCCUUGUGUUUCUAUUGCGUCAUACUGGUGAAUUUUCACCACAGAAUAGCUCAAGUUAAACACUGAGGUCAGACCCUGUAGGUAGGAUAUGAUUCCUAUUAUGGUAGAAUGAUAAACAGGCAUACUUCAUUACAUAUAAACUUACCAUUUUUGUAACAAAGAAACUUUUGAAGUAGCCAACAGCUUUUGUAAAUGGCAAUGGGUGUUUGGAAGUAAACUUUUGUUUAAGGUCAAACAAAUACAUUAUUAAACGAAAAAAUAGUGAGUAUUAGGAAAUAGCAAGUAAAAAGUUAAAGUCUUUGAGAAAUCUGCAACAUAAUGUCCUUGACUUGUUUUGGAAGUAUGAGGUUUUUAUCCUGAAUUACUAUAGGCUUGUAAGCCAGCUGUUUUAUAGUUUGAAAACUUAAGAUUCAUCAUAAAAACAUUCCCACACCUACUGUACAGAGCACGUUUUUAACAGUACGACAGCCAAGAGGUAGUUUUGGUCUACUCUCAUGAAUCGCAAAUGUCAAGGAUUUCUGGUAUGUUUGUAAGUCUUGAAAAAUCUGCAGCUUUAGAUUUACAUUUGUGUAUGGCCCUGUCACAGUAAGCAAUCAGACUGCUGAUGCUCACGGUUAUUUUUGAAACAAAAUGUGAAGAGGCGUGCUUAGCGUGUAACUUUGACCUGAAUCUCCAAAAGGCAAUAUAGAAUAGGAUUCAGGCACUGUGAUGAGUAGACCUGCAAAUGAAAAUGUGUGUGUUUACACAGGGGAAGCUCAGAAACUGUGGGAUAGCUAACACCACAUAUCUCAAAACGACUAAGAGGAAAAUCCAAGUGUUUGUGAAAUCCCUCUCUACUGCAAAUAUCUACUACCUACCAGAAUACAUGGAUGCACCUUCUUAGUAUGCUGUAGGCAUACAAAUUCAUGCAAAGCUUAAGUUUAAAUUCAAAACCAGGGUUUAUAACAUUUUUUUAUUUGAAGAAAUAUAUGCAUGUAUAGAAUUUGUAAAAUUCCAGCAAAAACGUAGUGCUGGUGUUUAUCUGGUGAGUUUCCUGUGCCAGUCAAGCAUACCAAGGCAAAAAGGGGUUGUAGAAAUGAAAAGGUAUUUUCAGUACCCCAGGUUAGAUAACAAGAGGAUGAGUAGCACAAUGUGAAGGGCAGCCAAGUUUAUUUUCAGAGGAUCCUCUCAGAAAUCACAUCCAUCCUGGGCAGUGGAACAGUUCAAAUGUCAUAUGUUUCGCUUUUUGCCAUGGCCAGAUUAUGCUUCUGCCUCGGGCAGCCUACCUGACUCUCCAGGUGAUCUGCCUCUCUGUUCUGCAUCAGUCUCACUAGUAUUUAGUGAAAAUACUGUUUACUCGUUUAUCUGUCCAGCUUAUAUAUUUCUGUGGCUGACACUUUCAGGCACCUCCUCUUCUUGUUAACCUUUCCU